AUGUCCGCCAAGUCGAUCGCCGAGGCCGAUGGCAAGGCCAUCCUCAACUACCACCUCACUCGUGCUCCCGUUAUCAAGCCCUCACCGCUUCCCCCGCCGACCAAGCACAACCCUCCUCCCAGAUUGGCUUCGCUGCACUUUCCCGAGGAUGCUAAUGUCGAGGAUGUACUGAACCAAGCCGAGGUCACCUUCCCUUGGCUCCUCCAGCCCAAUGCCAAGUUCGUCGCAAAACCCGACCAGCUGAUCAAGCGUCGUGGCAAGAGUGGUCUUCUGGCUUUGAACAAGACUUGGCCCGAAGCCAAGGCCUGGAUCGCUGAGCGAGCCGGAAAGGAGCAGAAGGUUGAGCACAUCACUGGCGUCUUGAGACAAUUCCUCGUCGAGCCCUUCGUUCCUCACCCUCAGGAUACUGAGUACUACAUAAACAUCAACUCUGUCCGUGAUGGUGACUGGAUUCUCUUCACCCACGAGGGUGGUGUUGAUGUUGGCGACGUGGAUGCCAAAGCAGAGAAGCUGCUGAUCCCCGUUGAUCUUGAAGAAUUCCCUUCAAACGAAGAGAUUGCCGCCACUCUGCUCAAAGAAGUUCCACGCGGCGUCCACAAUGUCCUCGUCGACUUCAUCAGCCGGUUGUACGCUGUGUACGUUGACUGCCAGUUCACAUACCUCGAGAUCAACCCCUUGGUCGUGAUUCCCAACGAGGACAAGACUUCUGCUGCCGUCCACUUCCUCGACUUGGCUGCCAAGUUGGACCAGACUGCUGACUUUGAGUGCGGCGUCAAGUGGGCCAUUGCUCGCUCUCCCGCUGCCCUUGGUCUCACCAACGUUGCUCCGGCCAACGGCGAAAAGGUCAACAUUGAUGCCGGUCCUCCCAUGGAGUUCCCUGCUCCUUUCGGUCGUGAGCUGACCAAGGAGGAGGCUUAUAUUGCUGAGAUGGACGCCAAAACUGGUGCCUCUCUGAAGCUCACUGUUUUGAACCCCAACGGCCGUAUCUGGACCCUGGUUGCCGGUGGCGGUGCGUCCGUCGUCUACGCCGAUGCCAUCGCCGCCGCUGGCUUUGCCGACGAGCUGGCCAACUAUGGUGAAUACUCUGGGGCUCCCACAGAGUCUCAGACCUACCACUAUGCGCGCACAGUCUUGGACUUGAUGCUCCGCGCCCCCAUGUCCGACCAGGGCAAAGUUCUCUUCAUUGGUGGCGGCAUCGCCAACUUCACCAAUGUUGCCAGCACCUUCAAGGGUGUCAUCCGUGCUCUGCGUGACUACGCCACCCAGCUCAACGAGCACAAUGUCCAGAUCUGGGUCCGUCGUGCCGGACCGAACUACCAGGAAGGCCUCAAGAAUAUGAAGGCUGCCACUCAAGAGUUGGGCCUCAACGCCAAGAUUUUCGGACCUGAUAUGCACGUUUCCGGUAUCGUGCCCUUGGCUCUGAUUCCCGGCAAGUGGGAGCAGAGCAAGGCCGAAGAAUUCAAGGCUUAG